UUGCCAUUGGCAAAGCCGUCUCGGUCACCAUGCUUGCUAACAGACCCAUUCCGCUGACCAAAUACUGAGCUAGUUUUUCGUAAUUCGAAGUCGACCGCAACUGUUUGUUCGACUUUCGGCAUAAGUGGAAUGAUUUGCGUCUAGGGUUGCUAGCUGAUCACCGAGGUCGAUUCAUUUCGCUUGCACAGUUUGGCGGAAUUCAUUAAAUGAGCAACAACCUUAGCAUGUCGCUUCAAAUUGGAGAAUGUGAGGAUGAUUGACAAGUGUUAAUACUCACAACAGUUUGAGGGGAAGUGUUACUCAAGUUCACACCUAGCUGGAUACAGGAGAUUCGUUCAGCACAGUAUUGGGUUUCACGCGCAAUUCUCGAUUUCAAACGAAAGACACUUCAGGUUCACUAGGACAGACUCUCUGGCUUUGAAGCCCUUUUGCUAUACGACUAUCACAAUGACGGUCUCUAAUGCACUGCCCGUUUUCGCUUUGUUAUCUGUGAUACUGGGUAGCAGUUGUAGCCCCAUGUUUGGAGAUACAGCGUUUAUGAACCCAUUUUUGAACCGAGGAGAAGAGGGCACGAAAGCAAAGAACGAUCUGCAAAAAGAGAUUUUGGAUAUUUUUGGUGUGGAACAUCGUCCACGGCCAAGUAUGUUUUACAGGGAAUCGGGGAAGGAAAUUUCUGCCAGAAAAUAUAUGAUCGAUUUGUACAACAGUGUUACGAGCAAUGAAGUGGUUGUCGACAACGGCAACGAAGAAAUCAUGUUGAUGAACACGACGGCCAAUGAUUCCAAUGCUGCCAAUGCUGAUACAGUGGUUAGUUUUGUUAACCAUGCUAUGAAGCCAAGGCCGAACGCAUCUGAUGAAGAUGGCGCAUACUAUUUUGAUCUUGCUACAAGUGUUGCCUAUGACGACAUCCUGGCCUCACAACUUCAUCUCUACAGAAAGAGGGAAAUGCACAGCAAUAGUGCAAGGAAGAAAUACCUGACCAUUAAGAUAUUCCAGAUUGUAAUCCCGAAAAAGAUUUACCGUCUUGUCGACUCUCGAUUGAUUGGCUUUGAUGAGACUGGCUGGUUAGUUUUUAAUAUCUCAGAGCUGGUCAAGGUUUGGAAACAAGUUUCCGGCUCUAAUAAUGGGCUCCUUGUGCAUUGUGAAUCUGAGCAAGGCGUUAGAUUAAGCAUAAAGGAAGUAGGAAUAGUCGACUUUAAAGGACCUCCUGAUCAGAUCCCGUUCCUUGUUUCAUACUUUAGGACACCAAAAGGUGACGAUAUUCUUAUCGAGCAGAUCCAGAAAAAUGACGAUCCACGAAAAAGACGACAUCGAAAAGCACGUUCUGUGCCCAGUCUUCUGCAGACGUAUCUCGGGCGAAACAGUCAUAAACAAGGGCAGCAAGGUCUUUUUAACUCUGGCGCUCGUUAUAAGCGCAACAACAACGACCGAUGUCGACGUCAUGGCCUUUAUGUCAGCUUCAAUGACCUCGGCUGGGCAGACUGGAUCAUAGCUCCCGAGGGAUACCCCGCGUAUUACUGCCACGGAGAUUGCCCAUUUCCACUUGGAGCUCACAUGAAUGCCACUAACCACGCCAUUGUUCAAACUCUCGUUCAUUUGAUGGCCCAUGCCUCGAUACCUCAGCCUUGCUGUGCACCAGUUCAGCUUUCAGCCAUCACAGUGCUAUUCUUGGAUGACCAAAACAAUGUUGUUUUGAAAAAGUACCAAAAUAUGGUGGUGAAGACGUGUGGGUGUCAGUAGUUAUUCGCUACUGAAGCAUACUCCUUGUACAAUAAACGGUCUGCCUACUGCUAUCAAGAGUCAAACUUCGAACUAAGGGUUUCUUAACUGGAAUGUUGGCGCACAGUUGCCGGUUCCACAACUUUCGUAAACGAAGGAAAAAAGUUGUGUAACAUGGUAUUUCAAGACAUAAACACCAUGUCUCAUCAUUAUUAGCUGAGAAGUUUUAUUUCAAUGCAAACAAAGGACCUAUUUUACGUUUAACUGGUAUUACGUCUUUUGCCCAUAUGUGGUCAGCUUUGUUGCCUAAAGAUAUACGAAAUAGUAGUUGACGUCAUAUAAGAUUUUUCAAGCUCUCAUUGAGAAGGAAAUGUCUCUGCAUCAUUGUCAUCAAUCCGGAAUCAAACUCUCUUAUUUUUCAUAUAUUCAAGAAUUGUAUGUUUACAAAUUUGCUAGUUAGAUGCAAUUCAGCUCAAUGCAUUAUAUUCCCACACAGAUAUCCAGUCAUUCUAGAAAGCGAAUGGAAGACGUACGGGAAAAGCUAAGCCUGUCACCGUCCUCAAAACAUUUCUUUUAUAAAAUUUAUAUUUGGCGUCAAGCAAGUAAUAUCCUCGCGCUUGUGAAGUUUUCAAAAGUGAUACCGUACCCUAAUUUAUGAAAGUAAGACUGUCCAAGACCAAUAGAAAGCAUUCAAAACCAAGGUCAUCUUUCGAUGAUUCGUUUUGGGUUAACUUCAAAAUAACAAUUUAAUUAUCAGUAAAGAAUUAAACUGUCACUAUGAUUUGGAAUUCUUACUAUCAUUUUUACGAUCUUUGCCAUCUUUUGAUUUAUUACUAUGAAGUUUAAAAAAAACAAUUUAGGUACAAAGUAAAAUUAUAUGCCUAAAUUUUGUGACACAAAGUGUGUAUUACUUGACAAUUGUAGCUCUUGAGUUGUUCCUACAACGUGAUCUUAAAGCUAUUCGUUGCACCCAUCCAUCC